CUGCAGUGAUGAUCGAUGUCUAACACUCGCCAGAAGCUGACAGCCAGCCACAAUGUAACCAUUAAAGAGAGGAACCGAACUAAACCGAUGGGACAGAAUGUUCUAGAAUGGCCAUGUGAUGUCCGGAGACCACUUGUGUCGCACUUAAAAAAAAAAAAAUACUAAUUAGGUACAUGUUGUUUUAUGGGAGUUCAUCCGCCUGUCGUAUACAUAAACGUGUUCAACUUUAAAAACAGCUUUUCGGUGUUUUCAAUGGGUGUAAGUAAAGUCACGUUUAGAUGACAUACAUUUUUAACGCAGUAUUUUUCUCAGAGUUAAAGGCGCAAGGGGGAAGAAGGGAGCACGUGAGGGGUCUCGUCCAAUGGGAUUGCGUGCUUUUAGCAGGAGGGUAUAAAUACCAGGUGGUUGCUGUGAGAGACAUCCGCCAUUGAUGACUAUCGUAUCAAAGAAACAGACCUAUUUCAAACAAUUAUGUGUGAUGUCAGUUUGUUCUUUUGGCGUUGACAUUUAGAUUUGAAAAAUCGUUUUCUUAGAGGGUUUUUUCCGGGCGAAAAGCAUCGACAACACCCCAUCGGUUGGUGAAGUUUUCCAGCAGAGCUCCUUCGGCACUGCAGCGUCUGUCUCCGUUCGACAGUUAAAACUUUCUUUGUUGUGCUUGAGACGGAAAGUUGCACAGGAAGUGGAAGUGUAAUGCACACUGAGCUGCCUAGGUGUGCAGCUGCAAAAACUCUUUCCACGCUUGUUACUUCCUGGUUCAGUCCAGACAAUGUCAUAUGUGAAACCCCCACAUAAUUUCAUCAUGAAUGCAAAUCCCCCUCCCCCUGAGUACAAGAACCUCAAGAAGCCUGGGCGUCUUACCAACCAGCUACAGUAUCUAGAGAAGGUGGUGAUUAAGGCCCUGUGGAGACACCACUUCUCCUGGCCCUUUAGACAGCCUGUGGAUGCGGUCAGACUUCAUUUGCCAGACUAUUAUUCAAUCAUUAAGAACCCAAUGGACUUGACCACCAUUAAAAAGCGUCUUGAGAACAAUUAUUACUGGAAAGCAAUGCAGUGUAUUGAAGACUUCAACACUAUGUUCACAAACUGUUAUGUGUACAAUCGGCCAGGAGAUGACAUUGUUCUGAUGGCACAAGCGCUUGAGAAGCAUUUCCUAGAGAAGGUGUCACAGAUGCCUCAGGAUGAGUGUGAAAUCUCUGCUCUGACCAGUAAAGCUCCAGUCAAAGGAGGGAGGAAGCCAGCAGGGCUAAACGUGAGGCCACCGUCUCCGGUGUCUGAGGUUGUCUUUCAGCAGACGGUGACUGUCAUCCCUCCUGAUGUGCUCCACACAAUUCCCUCUGCCCCUCUGUCUGCUCAGCUCACAGCCAAAUUAAAAAAUGGCGUGAAAAGGAAAGCGGACACUACAACCCCUUCUGCAUCUUCCAUCACUAGCUCUGAGGCAUCCCCUUGUUUAAAAGAACCAAAAGUCCUUAAGUUAUUCUCCAGGCGAGGCAGCGGUCGACCCAUCAAACCCCCCUGUAAAGACCUUCCUGAGUCCCCACCACAGCAUCAGGUGGGCAGAAGGAACAAACUCUCAGAGAGACUCAAAUACAGCAGUGCCAUCCUGAAAGAGAUGUUUGCCAAAAAGCAUGCAGCUUAUGCCUGGCCCUUUUAUAAGCCUGUGGAUGCUGAAGCACUGGGCCUUCAUGAUUAUCAUGAAAUCAUUCUCCAGCCCAUGGAUCUAAGUACCGUCAGAAAAAAGAUGGAAACUCGUGAGUACACCGAUGCAUUACAAUUCGCUGCAGAUAUGCGCCUUAUGUUCUCAAACUGCUACAAAUACAAUCCACCUGCGCAUGAGGUUGUGACGAUGGCCAGGAAACUCCAGGAUGUUUUUGAGUCGUGCUUCUCGAAGAUCCCUGAAGAGCCGAGGAAUCAAGCCCCAAUUCCUGGUCUAAACAGAGCGAGGAAAGAGAAAAUAGUUAGAGCGGUCAGUCCAUCCAGCUCUGAUAGCAGCGGCAGUGAAUCGCCCUCUCCAUCAGACAACUCCUCAGACUCAGAGGAGGGUGAAGAAGAGAGGGCUCUUAGACUCGCCAGCCUGGAGGAACAGCUGAAAGCAGUGCGAGAGCAGCUGCAGUUACUGACUCAAACACCCCUUCUGAAACCAAAGAAGAAAGAGAAGUCCAAGAAGAAGAAGGAGAGGGAGUCCAAGCGAAAAGGUGAAGAAAUGAAGAAAUCAUCAAAAAUACAGAGGAGGUCCAACAGCAGCAAGUCAUCAGGACGGAACAAGGAGAGCAGAGCAUAUGACUCUGAGGAAGAGAUGAAUGCUUUGCCCAUGCCUUAUGAGGAGAAACGGCGACUGAGUCUGGACAUUAACAAGCUCCCUGGAGAUAAACUUGGCAAAGUAGUGCACAUCAUCAAGGCAAGAGAGCCCCUGCUUAGGGACACAGACCCUGAGGAGAUUGAGAUCGACUUUGAGAUGCUCAAACCUUCAACACUUCGAGCUCUUGAGUGCUACGUCAUUAGUUGCCUUCGGAAGAAACCAAAAGAAACAGACCGAAAAAAGCCACAAAAGAAAUCUAAAAACAAGGAAAUGGAGAAAGAACUACAAAACAUGUCUGGUGAACCAAUGUCCAAUAAAAAGGCCAAGAUUAAAGAAGAGGACGAGUUUAAAGACAUGACUCAUCCAACGUGCUUGAGUGACAGCAGCAGCUCGUCCAGCUCUGACAGCAGUAGUAGUGACACUAGAUCUUCUGAUAGCUGUGACUCUGAUUCAGAAAAGAAAAUUAAGAGGAAGCAAAGCAAAGCCCCUGGCCAUGCCAACAAAAUUAAAAACAAGGCAUUGCAGCAGCCAGCUGCAGUUGGUGUAAAGGACCCUUCACUUGACGUGACAUGCCAGUCUCAUCCAGUCUCAGAGACAGACUCCAAAGACCUGUUUGCAUUACAAGCCAAGCAGCUCACAGAGGAUGCCAUUACAGCAAUCCCAGCGUUACACAACCGGCUGCCGCCUCAGCCAUCAAGACCUAAUGGCAAAGCUGCCCCCCUACUUUGUAAAACCCGGACUGCUCCCUUUCCACUCGACCUACCUCCAGACCAGGCCCACUGCCCUUUACUCAACUCUUCCAACACCCCUUGUAAGGAUCACAAAACAUCUCCACCCGAAUGCUCCCCUUUGGCAAUCAUUCCACACCCUCCUGUUUCACCCCCGGUAGACCAACCAUUCUCCCUUAGUCCCUCGCUCAAUCCUCCACAUGCCCCUCAUAUCCCUGACCCACAGGAUUUUCAGCUUGGCUCCCCCUCACUUGCUGUUGCUGAGAAGCCUCCACAUAAGUCUGAACAGGAAGGUGUUCCUCCUCUUCUAUCACCACUGACCUCACCUCCUGCAGUCAUGCCUGUCAUAGGAUCACUGCCUACCUCCAGCUCUCAAUUUGAGCAUUGUAGAAUGUUGUCACCUCUGCAGGAGAGUCCAUUAACUAAUAUGAAGGAUGAGCAGGGCUGCCUAGAAACACUGGAAGAGCCCUCCUUUCAGCUGCACAAAAUAUCUGGAGCGAAACACGAUGGCAGUGAACUAUGCAAGUCCAUUCAAGAUGCCAAAUUCAGCAUGCCUAAAAAGGAUUUUGUCCUGAAGAAUGCAGACUCCUGGACGUGUCUGGGUAAGAUGGCUACUCAAAAUACUUGCACCAUUAAGUCAUCCAAGGAGAGUUUUCAGCAGUUCCGUAAGGUUGCCAUGGAGAAAGAGGAACGAGAGCGAGCUCGUAAACUCCAGUUGGAGGUUGGCCGAGAAAAGAGUUGCACAGACAAAAGCAGUCUGAUGCAGCAGCAAAAGACCAAGCUGGACUGCCAGCCUUCAAAGCCAGAAGUGGAGUUAUCAGAACUGCCUUUGAUGGCUAUCUUGGAUACACCCAAAGACCCUGAGCCCUGCACUCUUCAGCAGAAUUCUGUGGACCGAGAACGAGAGAUGGCUCGCAAAAGAGAGCAGGAGCGCCGCAGGAGGGAGGCUAUGUCAGGAAUCAUUGACAUGACCAUGCAGAGUGACAUAAUGGCGACCUUUGAGAAGAACUUGAUCUAAGAUAUAAACAAAUAAAAUUAUUUGCUUGUGGAUAUUGUGUUACUGUUCGGUGAACAGUGUGGAUCAUCUUGUCCCUUCCCAAGAGUCCUGGUGACUGAAACGGGUCUUAGUAUUUCAAUGGACAAAAUUACUGCAAUAUAGCUGCAUCACUUUACAUUUGUAUGAAAUUAGCUCUUGUAAAAAUAAGAAAUCAGUAGUGGACCAUGCAAGUUCAAUAUGCGCACCAGUAACCGUGUUGUGUGUUUAUGUGUGUAUAUUCGUGUUUUUUUGUUGUUGUUUUUUUUAAUAAGUUGAAUGUUUUUGAAAUGCCUGCACUGAAAUGCUGCCCAAUUGUCUGAGGCAGUUUUGAAAGAGAAACAUGUCUGACAUUUCACAAAAGCCUUUGUGUUCUUUAACAUCUUUAGUUAUUCGUUUUGUUUAUACUGAACAAUUGUGUUUACUUCUCUUGAAUAUUACUGUAAUCGAAUCUUUGACACAUUCCAUCAACUCUUCUGCUGUAUGAAUAAUGAAUAGCUGGUUGUUUUGUGCUAGCUGUUGACAGAAAUGUAAGGGAUAUUCCUGUGCAGGGUUCUGUCCCUGUUUAUCCUAUUAGCUGGUAUUUCAUCUAUUUGAAAACGUACUGCAUUAAACUUGACCUGUUUAAGUUGUCAAAAAAAAAAUAGUAUUUCUGUAGUGUCAGAAAUGUAACAUUUAGCAUGCGUGUUAAAAGUAAUUUGUAUUUUGUUACCGGGGACAGCCAUUUUCCUAGGUGUUGCCUUCAAUGAAUGAGAGUUCUUCAGAUGAGUUAUUGCACUUCCUGUAUUUCUAUUUGUAUCCAUUUUGAAGUGUAGUGCCAUAAAGUUCCACUCUUAGAGGUGAUGGGCAUUUCUCUGUGCCUAAAGACAGUGGGUUCCCCAGAGUUAUGUUGAUUCCAAUGUGUGAUCUGUUGAUUGUACUGCAAAAAGACAAGUUAAAUAUUGUUUUUCUGACUGUAACAGUCAUGGCAGUUUUCCAGGGAUAUCUUCCUGUUAAGGGUCAUCACAAGCACUUUAUUCAUUCUACCACCAUGCUGAGGUGUCACAAGAGGGAAAGACUAAUAUAUUAUUUCAAAAAGAUUGCAUUCUAAAAGUUAAAUCAAUAAAG